GGUCAUAACCUUUAUCUUGUAGCACAGAACUGCUGGCUCUCAUACAAUCAAGCUCAAGUUGACAGUCAAUGGCCACUCUUCUCUCCUCAUCCUCUCUCAUCUUCUCCUCCAAACUACCCUCCAACUCUUCACCGUCUCUCACCCCAACCCUCUCUCUCUCUUCUCUCUCCCAAUCCUAUUCUUUCUCUUCUUCUCUCUCAAUUUCUCCUUCUUUCCUCACCUCCCCCACAAGUACCAAGCGCCUAUCUUUCUCUACCUUGAAUGUCAAGGCACAGAAGAAGAAAGUCCUUAUUGUCAACACCAACAGUGGUGGCCAUGCAGUGAUUGGCUUCUACUUUGCGAAACAGCUUCUGGGUUCUGGCCAUGAGGUCACAAUCAUGACUGUUGGUGAGGAGAAUUCAGACAAGAUGAAGAAGCCUCCAUUCAGCCGAUUUUCAGAAAUCACAAGUGCUGGGGGCAAGACUGUGUGGGGAGACCCUGCAGAAGUUGGGAAGGUUGUGGCGGGGGCGGCAUUUGAUGUUGUUCUGGAUAACAAUGGCAAGGACAUUGACACUGUGAGGCCUGUAGUAGACUGGGCCAAGAGUUCUGGGGUCGAGCAAUUUCUGUUCAUCAGCAGUGCUGGAAUUUACAAGCCAACUGAUGAGCCUCCUCAUGUUGAAGGAGACAUUGUUAAAGCUGAUGCCGGUCACGUUGGGGUGGAGACAUACAUUUCAGAGGUUUUCGGCAGCUGGGCAAUUUUCCGUCCGCAGUACAUGAUUGGAUCUGGAAACAACAAAGAUUGUGAGGAGUGGUUCUUUGACCGAAUCGUUCGGGACAGGCCGGUUCCAAUCCCGGGAUCUGGAAUGCAACUCACUAACAUCGCCCAUGUUAGGGACCUAUCCUCCAUGCUUACUCUGGCUGUUGAGAACCCAGCUGCUGCAAGUGGCAACAUCUUCAACUGUGUCAGUGACCGAGCCGUGACCCUUGAUGGAAUGGCCAAGCUCUGUGCCCAAGCUGCUGGUCGCCCAGUCAACAUCGUUCACUAUGAUCCGAAAGCUGUUGGAAUCGAUGCAAAGAAAGCUUUUCCUUUCCGUAAUAUGCACUUCUAUGCAGAACCCAGAGCUGCCAAGGACAUUCUGGGGUGGCACGGCAUCACAAACCUUCCUGAAGACUUGAAGGAGCGGUUUGAUGAGUAUGUAAAGAUCGGUAGAGACAAGAAGCCCAUGAAAUUCGAGAUAGACGAUAAGAUACUAGAGUCACUUAAAGUGUCUGUAGCCGUGUGAUCAGCCAAAACCAAGUCAUUAAUGCUUGAAACAAGUCACAUUUUUGUAUCUCUUUCCCUGUGUUUCUCCUCCCAAUGUAUGGUUUCUAAACAUUCAUGAAGUUGCAAUGAGGUUGUCGGUUCUUUGAACUUA